AUGGCGGCCCCGAUUGCGAAGCUUCCGGAGGUGAAACUGCCAACAGGCCCUGCGCCUAUUACACCAGAGCAAGCAUUCUGGAAAACUUUCAAAUCGUCACAAAAUAUACCGUCGCAAUCCCCAGUAACUCACAUCUCUUUCCCAGCUCCUCCGAGCAAUCCUUUACUUCCUACAAACAACGAUUAUUUCGCGGUGACAACAGGGACUCGCAUACAACUGUAUUCCAUAAGAACGCGUAAAUUAGUGAAAACAAUCACUCGAUUUUCCGACAUUGCGCAUAGCGCAGAGAUCCGAAGAGAUGGGCGUGUUAUGGUUGCUGGGGAUGAGACUGGGAAAAUACAGGUUUUUGACGUCAAUUCUCGUGCGAUUCUGAAGACAUGGGAGGAACACAAACAGCCAGUAUGGACGACAAAGUUCUCGCCGACCGAGCUCACGACUUUGAUGAGCGCGAGCGACGAUCGAACAGUUCGAUUAUGGGAUCUACCCAGCCAGGAAAGCACAACCACCUUUAUAGGACAUUCGGAUUAUGUGAGAAGUGGAAGUUUCUUGCCAGGAACUAUGUCAAAUAUGAUCGUCACGGGCAGUUACGACGAGACUGUAAGAAUAUGGGAUCCUAGGAUACCGACCAAAGCUGCUAUGAUAUUUAAACAUGCCGCGCCUGUCGAAUCUGUUCUUCCAAUGCCCUCUGGAACGACCGUUCUGGCCUCUUCAGACAAUCAAAUCUCGAUCUUGGACUUGGUAGCUGGAAAACCUUUACAAAUACUGAAGAAUCACCAGAAGACAGUGACCUCUCUGUGCCUGGCUUCGAACGGGAAAAGGCUGGUGAGUGGAGGAUUGGAUGGCCAUGUUAAGAUUUUUGAGACCACAGGGUGGAAUGUGGUUGCUGGAUCUAAGUAUCCAUCACCAGUACUUUCAGUCAAUGUUGUUAGUGCUGGUUCCAACCGGGAAGACAAGCAUCUUGUUGUGGGGAUGACCUCUGGUGUAUUAUCUAUCCGGACGCGAUUGUCGGGCCAGCAGAAGAUCAAAGAGCGAGAGCGGGAAAAGGAAAUGCAAGCACUCAUCGCGGGCACUCUUGAGGAUUACGAUAAAAAGAACAAAAAAAGGACCAGAGGGGUUGAAAAGAAAUUCAGAGGGCUUGAUUUUGUUGGCGAAGGAGCAGAUGUCAUAAUUGAAGGCAAGGAUCGAACGAUAAAGAGAAAAUCUGAGUCUGGUUGGGAAAAAGAUCUCCGGCAGGGCAAAUACCAGAGAGCUUUGGAUGCGGUGCUGGAAGAAGGUAUCCCGCCUGUUACGGUACUUACACUUCUUACGGCGCUAAAGCACAGAAGCGCAACAAGAGCUGCAUUCCAAGGCCGAGAUGAAAGCACUGUUCAGCCGAUUAUCAAGUGGGUUUCCAAGCAUAUCAAAGAUCCUCGAUAUGUAAAUAUCUGCGUGGACUCGGCGUUGCUUCUACUUGACCUUUAUUCCGAACACGUCACUGGGUCGCCAGAUCUUGAGAAGAGUUUUCGAGUAUUGCACCGACGGGUACGAAUGGAGGUAGAAAGAUCACAACAAGCUUGUAUGAUGAAUGGGAUGUUAGAGUUGUUGAUGACGGCAAGGUCAUGA